GCCAGAGAAACCAAAUGUUCCAAGGAAAGUAACACAGAGCUGACAGCUGAGUGUGAGAUCAACCACCUUGGUCAAAGUCUCAACUGCAAUGCUAACGUGUACAUGAGACCUUGGGAGAACAAAGUCUUCCCGACUGUCAAAUGCCAAGCAUUAGAAAUGACUUCAAUGAUGAGAAGGCCUCCAGGCUUUUCACCUUUCCGGGGAAAACAAGCACAAGUAACAAAAGAAGGAACAACUGACUCAGAUUUCAUUGAAGGUGUGGUAGCUACCACAUCACCAUAUGACACUGAGAUCCAUGAUGAUUUGAUCCCUGCUAUCCAUGUACAACCAGAUAGCCUUUCAUUUAAGCUGAUAUCUGAUUUUCCAGAAACAACUUCCCAAAAAUGUCCUGGGCGCCCAUGGAAGCCAGUUAGUUGGAAGGAUCCAAACACAGAAACAACAGAAUUUUCUGAUUUUGAUCUCCUUGAUGCUCUUUCUUAAUUUAUACAACCUAGGUAUCAUUACAAAUGCUUUCCAGCUUCUUUCCCUACUGCCCAAGAACAAAUAUUGUGAUAUAAAUCAUUAAGCCAUGAUGAUCAGAACAGCCUGUCAAUGGAACGUUAUAAAUCCCUGUGGACUGAUAAUAAAGUUCCAUCAUUCUGGACCCCUUCUGA